AAGUUUUACGUCGCCCAUGCGCAUUGCUCAUAGCAACGUAUAUACAAAAUGGCGCUCUACAGUGGCAACAUCUGAGUAUUUUUUACUCAGUUUGAUAUUUGUAAACAAAUUGCUAAUAUGGCAAAGGCCGCAAAACGUGUUAAAAGUGGCCACCUACCAUCGGGUGGUGCGAACAAAUGGGAACAAAACCUAUUGUCUGCCGUGUUUGACGAAGAAAAGUGGAAGUCAAACAUAACAUUUAUUGUUGGGAACCGACCAGAAGACUACUCUCACAUCAAUGCUCUCAGCUCGGCUGUUGCAAGUGGCAUCAGGAAACUCUUCACUGUCAUUUCCAAAGAACAGCUGGACAAGGAGGUGAAUGAACUUGGUAAUCCGAAGAAUAAAAAGACCAAAGAUGUUCCUGCCCAUUAUGAGGUGUGUGAGGCUUGCAAGUUGUAUCUCGAUAUCAACGAAGAGAUCCCACUGCCUCUUCUGGCUCGACUCAUCAAGUUCAAACUGUUGACCGUGAAAGCAGCUGACCUCAAGAGAAGAGAGACCGAGAAGAAAUUAUCGGAAAGUCGUUCAUCUAGCAAAAGACAGUCCUCUGCAGAUAAGGGGAAAGGGAAAGACAAAAAGGAUGCACGUUCCAAGUCUCCUGGGAAGAAAGGUGGAAGGAAAACUCCAGAUUCGCAGUCAGCCAAAGAGGGAAGCAAACUUAGGAAGAGAGGAGAGGAGGAUAACAGUAGCAAAUACAUUGACGAUGAACCUGACGAUGGUGCUGAGCACUAUAUCCUUCUGUAUGGUUUCAACAACCCCAAUCUGUUUGCUCAGCUGGCUGAGAUCAGCAUCAAUGUGGACGCCAUCAUCAAGGUGUCUUCACAGGACUACAGUAUCUUCGAGGUUAAAGAGUCUGAGACAAACCAAACUGAAAAAGAUGAAAAAACUCUGGCUUUGGAAGAAGCAGCAAGACAAGAGAAAGCCGCUCUGUCCAAGGAACUGAAGAAAUUCUGGAAAGAUGUCGUUUUAUUACUACAGAAAAAUCCUGAUAAUUCUAAACUGCAUGACAUUGCUCAACUUGAAUAUGAAGUGAAGUCAUUGAUCAUUCCUUCUAACCUGGAGGAUCUAGAACAGAAGACUAACUUUGGCAACACUUUGUUUGAGGACAUAUCCGUGAUGAUCUAUGACCUGAUAGAUGCCCGCCGUCUCUAUCGGACCUACCUGGAGAAUCUUAAGCUCUAUCAUAUCCCUUCAUGUCUACCAUCACAAGGCCAAGAUGCACAGUCGACUGGGUCUGCAACACCAGGCAAAGAGUUACCAGCGGCCACGUCCCUGGCAAACCCUGACGACGCCCCACUGACUGACAUGCGAUACUACAACGACCUGAUGAACACUAUACCCCAGGAGAGUGUCAGCGUAUCUCUGGUUCUUCACUGCAUGCUGGAGCAGAUCUGUGCCACGGAUGAGGGCCGCGAACCACCCAGCGAGGUACCCCCUCCUGCGAGGACGGAUGGCUUGAACAGUGAACUGGCAGCUCACCUCAGUAACGUGGCCUUCAAACUGGCUCUCACCGAGGAGGAACACAAGGUCCUUUCCAAAUGUUUUGAGUUGCCUGAACUGCCCCAGGAUUCUCCCAAUCAGCCCUUGAUUAUAAACUACCAUGAUGAUAUUACCAUCCGUACCCACCACCUAAAACCUGUGUACGAAUUCGAUGCCAUGGAAGCGGAGAAGGCCAUGCAGAAGCGGCUGCCAUUUGCCAGUCUGUGUGACUUGCCAAGACCCACCUCUGUUGUAGCACGGGAAAGAGCAGCGAGAUUACAGGAGCUGAUACAUUUCUGUGCCACUGAGACUCUGUCAAAGUCAGAAAUUGACAGAGCCUUUAAGCAGUUUGUGUUUGAAUCAAUGGACCUGAAGGUGACCGACCCAAAUGGAUUCAUCAUGACCCUGGAGGGAGAAGGACUGCUGCAUUCUGCCAUUCCGUGGGAUGACCCAUAUCCGUUCUUCAAAGGGAUGAUACCGAAGCAUGAUAAGAGUCUGUCGCCUAAUAUUACGAACCAGCCCACCACCCCAUCUGAUGAGCUCAUGUCAGGUACUUCUUCACCCUGUCCAUUUGAGACGAACCGGUCUCUGGACCUGAGUAAUGUGACAUCGGACCAGUCUCGACCAUCCACCGGCGAAAGCAGUAAGAAAGGCAUCCUGCGGUCCAGUUCUCGGUCAGAGUCUCCACCAAUUAAACAGUCACGCAGCAAUUCAGUCACUAAGAAAGAAAAACGAGUUGCAAUACGCCAUUGUGUUCACUUUGAGGUUGACGCGAACUCGUCGGUGCCGCCCGAGACCCUGGACGAGGAAGAGGAGAAUGAAUCGAAAGAAACGGAGAAUGACGAGAAGACGCUGGAAGAAAGCAUGAUGGAGAUCGUUGAUUCACAGAAACGGGUUCUCGACCAGUGGUGUUUUGCCGAACACUUCGAGCCUCACAUCAUGCUGCAGAUAUUGAAAGAUGCGUCAUACAACCUUCAGUUUAUGGACACGUACUACCACAAACGUGACCACACCUUGUUGGUUUGUCUUCACAAUCCCCACAACCCAGAGGUCCAGAAUCAUGUUGACUGGCACUGUGAAGUUCACUCGAACCUCGGCUUCAGAAACUACUUAGAGUAUGUAUCCGACUCGAUAGCGGAUUGGCUAAAAGAAAAAGAAGCCGAGUAUCAGGCCACAAUACUGCAACUUGAAGUCGACAAGUUCAAAAAGGAGGAAGAAUUGGCUGCCAAAUCUGCCGAGAAAACUCAGAAAGGGAGAAAACAAUCACCUGCAAAGUCAAGAAGUCGUUCCCCCAAAGGAGGGUCGAAGUCAAGCAGCCGUGAAAGGACACCGACACCUCUUGGUUCUUCAUUUGUCAGACCUGGAUCACUGAAAGCUUGGAAAAUGGAACAGGAUCAGAUUAAAGCUGAGGAGGAUGAGAAGGAAAGACAGAAGGCAGAGAAAGCGGAGAAGAGAUCAAGAUCGAAAUCUCCUAAAAAGAAGGAUGAUGAGAAAGAUGAAAAGGAGAAAAAACGACCUUCGUCUCGGAAUAGUGCUAAGAAGGGGUCACAGAAAGGUCAAGCAGUUCCGUCAGGUCAAUCAACAGAGUCUGUAGACAUACCACUGGAAGAUAAAAAGUUCUGGAAGUUCUUUGGCUACGAUGUUGGUAACAACUUGAUCCAUGCAUCUGGCAUUCUGACAACAAUGUUGCCAUCAGAUGGUGGACAGAUCAGAAUGGAAAGAACCGAUUUUGUGCAAGGAACCUCAAGUGUGAAGACUUCAGUUCUGAAGGAUGGCCAUGUGUUUUCAAUACACAUCUUGAAUCCAAAAGAACCUUUAGAGGAGGAAACUGAGGAGAAUGAUGUGCUUGAAAAGGAUGACCAGCGAGAAAAAGCAGAGUUUGAAAAGACUGAAAAAGAAGAAAACAAAGAUGAUGAACACAUCGAUGAAGAAGUUCCAAAGUCUGUGGACCAAGAACAGGAAGAAGUGACAAAGAAGCCGUUUGCUGUCAGUGCGUUUGGCUCCAUCACGGCCAGCCUGGUAGAUGGCAUGGUUCUCUCUUACAGUUGCUUUGGUCCCAACGGAGAGACUGACGCAGGUAAAAGAUAUGAACCAGAACCUUACGUUCCUCCACCGACCAUUCAGUCACCCACACCUCCUGCAGUGUCGCCGAGCAAAGGCAAGAAAGACAAAGGGAAAGGAGCUGCAACACCUGAACCACGUGAAAUGCCAGUAGAAGAAGAAGUGCUGGAGGAAGAGAAAGCUGAAGUUGAAGCACCGACAGAGCAGCCGUUCCAGCAGUUGUUUGUCACUUGUCCUGAUGGGCUGAAUGUUCGCUAUUUCCUUGAAAGUUCUGUUGGUGUCAAACCAAAUUCUCCAGAAGAGAGGCGCAUUGUUGUGAAGCAGAGUUACCCUUUCAAGACCAAAUUCAUACAGUCGUGCGAGGCACCACGGAAGAAAUAUGCUCUGACAGAGAAUUCUCGACUCAUUACAUCGGAGGGUACAGUGAUCAAAGACAUGGUGGAUGGCAGUGUUGAGGUGUUAUAUGCAGAUGGUACUGUAAGCAGGCACAUAGGACCAUGGCCAAUUAUCGCAAGCCGCAGCGUCACUCCAGUAAGAGUUUCCAGUAGUCGAAGUCAUGAAGACAGGGUCACGCCUACUAAAAAAGGUAAAACUGGUAAGAGCAGUUCCCAUCGACAGACAAAUGAGAAAACUGAAGCCCAACAACAACAACCAGCAGCAGCACCAACAGAAGAGGUUGACAAGGGAACGUGGUUGACAACGUAUCCAAAUGGAGAACAGCUGUCAGUCGGGUCUGAUGGAACCGUGAAGGAGCUGAAACCUGUCAUGAUUUGUGUCGCUUCUGAUCCAGAGACCAGACAGGCCAUGUCUACUCGAGAGGACCAUGUUAUCACAGUGAGCUACCCUGAUGGCACGACAAUCAUUGAACACAGUGAUGGUACAAGAAUCACAACUUACUACCGGGAAAAUCAGGCUGAAGCGAAUGCUGAUGAUGAGACAGAUGAAAUGUCUCAACUGAUAAAAUUCAUUAAGAUCGAAUGUCCUGGCAUGGCAACUGUUGAGUUCAACUGCAACACCAGUGAGAAUCUGACAGUGUUUGGCAACGGUACGACUAUCAAUGUCUUUCCUGAUGGCUUCUAUGUUCUUCACCAUGGGGAGGGUGGACGCAUUGAACUCGACACAGAAGGAACAUUCAUUUACUUCCCUAGACCGAUCAAAAACAUGGAACAGCUUUUGCCCGAACGAGAACUGCAGUACGUCAUGCGGCACAAUGCCGAGGUGAUCUGUGAGACCAUGGAUCCUGAUGGAAACAUCUUCCAUGUCAAGUACACGGGUGACUUUGUCGUCACCAUGAGCAACGGUGAUGAACUGGUUUCGCUCGAAAGCCUGGAAGAGUUCAAACAAGAAAAGACUGUUUCUCAGUACAUGCAGCACGCACCACGCUUUUUCAUCAUCCACGCUGAUGGAAGCGGCACGGAACUGCUCCGAUACCAGGAUGUGGCCGAGUACCUGAUGACGGCAGAACAGAGCCAGUCCACAGCCGUUCUCAAAGACCUGUUACCGGACUACCCCGGAGUUACAGGCAUCACUAUUCUGAAGCCGUACCUUGGUGGCCCGUCGGAACGCUGGAUGAAGAAGUACGACCUCGAGUCGAUCAUUCCGCGUGGUAUUCAGUCGAGAGACCUCACCACUCUGCCCCCGAAAGAAUUCAAGACUCCCGGGCCUGAGUUUGGGACGACCGUGGGGAAAGGACUGGCUGUUGGGUCAAUAGUUACCACAGCAACACGCUUCCCGAUUGUCAAGUGUCCCAGUAUUUUAGAACUGCGGCAGUUUGUGCAGUACAAUCCAGUGACUGCUUCCCUCAGAGCCACAUUGCGUAGUGGUCUGCGUGAAUAUGCGGAAUAUGUGAUGACUCGGAACAGAGCGGCGGAAAUGAUGCAGUGCAUGGACCCUCGGUCUGAGGAGGAGAAAAUGGCCGCUGCUGAUCUUCAGGCCACGAUGUCACCCAAGAAAAGUGAUUCAAUGCAGUUUGUGCCAGCUGACAUAAAGGAGAUCUAUGAGAAGGCAACAGCUCCCCCUGCACCUAGUCCACCCCCCACUCCAACAGCUAAGAGAUGCCAGGCUGACUGGGAACGUGACCAAAGAGAAGUAGCAGAAGAAAUGGAGGGGAGAGAAGCCAUUCGCAUCAGGAAAAUCCCACAGUAUUUUGACAGUGAGCUGGGAAAGGCAUUCCUUCUGUCCCAGACAUCUGAUGUGGAUCAACUGAUGCGUGAACUAGGACAGGAUCCAAGAACAGAUGGGACAGAGGCCAUCAGAAGAGACCCUGGUCAUCUUGCUUACCUCCAGAGUCCUCUAGAGAAACAGGUGGUUCUCUAUCAGCCGGUUUACUCUGCACAGAGUGAUCGAACCUCACCCUCUGCCUCUCCAGCCAUUAGUGGAAAUGCUAAGCUUCCAUCAGGGACUCCAGUUUCGUAUUCAGCUGGAUUAUUUAACGAUACACCAUCCGGUCUUCGUCCUUGCAAUCCAACACCAGCCCAUGCUGCUGGGCAAGGCUCUCCUGCACCAGUCAGACCCAAGAAUCCAACUCCAGCCCAUGCAACAAAAAUCUUGGAAAAAGACCGACCUGGUAACCCAACACCAAAACUAGCAGCUGGGAAGGAUAGUUCUUCGGCUGAGUCUGAGAAUCAGAAGAAUGGGUAUGCACUAAUUCCAGAACAGCCCACAGAGGAAGAACCUAAAACGGCAGAUUUUAUUAACAGCUUACAAGAAGAAGACGAUGACCUAGUUUUGACCCGCAGUCUUAAAGUGAAUGUUGUUGGAGAACCCAGGAAGGAACCUGUCAGGAUUCCUGCUUCAAUCCUGGGAGGAAGGCCAGGAGCAACACCCAAUGAAAGGUUCUGUGCAAUAGAAGAGCCAGUCCGUCGACAGAUAAACAACUCGAUGAUUGCUGGAGCAACGAUGAAAGGUCAGAUGCAGCUCGGUCAGAUGCGUGGUCUCAGCCUUGUACCAGAAGAAGUCAACUUCGGAGUCCUCAGGGAAGGAAACACUUACUCAGUGACAGUGAAUCUGAAAAACACAGGAAUUGACUCCUGCAGAUUCAAUGUUAAACAGCCACCACCAGCCACUGGUUUAAUAGUCCUCUACAAACCGGGCCCGGUUGCUGCUGGUUUGAAGACCGAACUCAAUCUGGAGCUCUAUGCUAUUGCAGUCGGUGUGGAGGGAGACUCGGGAGUUGGGACAAUCAAUCACGAGCUCAUUAUUGUCACGGAAACUGAUAUUCUCAAACUUCCAAUAACAGCAAUAGUAUUAACUGGCUAUGACUAUGAUAAUCGCAGUCCAGACAGUCCUAUGGGAGGCAAGUCUCCAGGAACAAGACUGGUCUCCACAAAGCCACCAUCUACCACAGGAAUCAUCAGACCAAGGAGAGAGUACAUGAUAGCUAAAGCAUCGAGUUAGAACACACUGACUGUGCAGUUUAUCCGUCCAGAGAUCGUGUGUGAUAAAUAGACUGAAAAUGCAUUCGAUACAGUAAUUCCAUACAGAACACGGAUACAAAUUAUUUUAUAACCAAACUCUGAAAAUGCAUUUGAUAUUAUAUCUUCUUCCAGAACAGGAUAGCCAAAAAGCAUUUUCAAUUCAAUUGGAAUUUGUUAAUAUUCCAAAAAUAUAUAUUUUUAAGAAUACUGUAUUACAAAUAUUCACUUGACAGAUUUUUAGUGGAAAGCCAACUGUAAGAAUCUAAUUAUCAACUAAUAUGGUGUAUUUAAAAUUUGAUAGAAUUACUUUUAAAGAUAAUACAGCAUAUAAUUUUGUUUUCCAUUUGGUUGGGAUAGAAGUGAAGGAGAAUAAAUGACAAAUGAAUCGCAUGUCAUUUGUUAAUGUUCAGACGUUAUAUUCUAGACUUUUGACAUGGUUUGUAUAUAGCAAAUGCUAUAUGUAGCAAAUGAUAUAUGGUUCAUAUAAAUGUUGCAGUUUUCCAAUUGAUGUUAAAGAGACUUGCUAACCCUGCCAUUUUCUUCUCUUUUUUUUAAUGUCAUUUCUGGCUUGCUUAAUUUUUUUUGUUCCAAAUGUUGGUUUGGUACCUUUGAUAAGCUUCUAACUUAAUUUAAGAGUGUAGCUGACCUGAAACAUUUAUGUUAUUAUCAGCUUUAAACACAUUCAUGUAAAUUAAAUUUCUAAAAAAAUGUAUUGCAUUUUCAGAUUAUAUAAUUCAUUUGUAAAAAGACAAAUAUUCCUCAUGAAAAUGUUAUGGUGAAAAAACCCAAUCCACAAUAAAUGUAAAACUGAAAUAUAUUACUGGAAUAUUUUAGUUUUAUGCUACAUUUUGAAAAUAUGUGUAUAUAAAUAUUAAUAAAUUAUGAUGCUCUAUC